AACGCAAACGAACAAAGUAUUAAGUUGCGUUGAAAUGUAUUUAAAUCAAAGAACAUACGUGGAUUGCGAUAUAAAAAUAACACAGGUAAACGCUAUAUUUCUGCGCAUCAAUAACCAGAUUUAAUCUUUGUUUCUUGUUGCAAAAAUGAUGAUGAUGAACAUUGGCAUGUAUGGGAUGUGCAACACAACUGAUUCCUUCAGUAGUUAUCACCAAGUCGGGACGAAUAAUAAUCAUAAUCACAACAAUCACCACCUGCAUCACGGAACUUCAGUUAUUCAUCACUACAACUCCUCAUCUGACAUGGCUCCUUCAUAUUCUUCAGCCUCAGCCACUACACCGCCAGAACAUCACUUUCAUCAUCAUCAUCAUCCGACAUCUUACUACACUACCCAAGUGUCGGUCGAUACAUACAACCCAUCACCGAAUACGAGCAAUCAAGGAAUUCACAGCAACGAAACACGUAACAAUGAACAAGGUACACCACCGCCCACAGACGAAAACACUGGUUCGGCAUCUGCGUCUUAUUACAACACCAACUCUGGUGCGCUACAUCAACAUCACGCACAAGACAUGUCACUGGGUCCACCACAACAGCACGAAGAGAAUGUUAUCAUCACCUCCGACAACGGACUGAGUUACACUAAUCUGGAUUAUGCGACAUCGAAUACCCACGGAACAUAUCACCACCCACAUAACCAUAAUACGAUGACACCACCAUCUCACCCUGGUGAUCACCACGCAGUACUCUAUCCUUCAACAACCAUCAACUAUGUCACCAAAAAUUUGCAACACGAAGAAAUGGUUCACCAAGGGAGUCACCAUCACGACGAAAUGCUACCACACCAAGUCAGUCAUCACCAUCAGCAAGAGGGGUACAUUGUCAACGGAGGUCAUUACAUGCAUCACUCUGCAACAUCUCCAGACAGAAGCGAAGCUGCACAAUAUCCCCCUGUCGUGCCACAACACCAUCAGAGUUCAUCUCCAGUGUCUGCAGAGUACCAAGCAAUUCAUCGUCACUACAAGGAGGAGCCUUGUCACCAGAUGUUAUCAGAGAUGCACCAACAUCAAAUACAUUCCACAAGCCCGGCAGUUGGUGCGGGAAACAGUACUGUAAUGAUGGCAGCGGCUGGAGGAACAGGAAAUUUUCAUCACCAUCCAUUGCAUCACCACAUGCAUCACCAGAAUCCCAGUCACCAUCAACACCAUCACCACCAUCUAGUGCAACAGCAGCAGCAGCAAACGACAGCGGUACCUACGUACAAGUGGAUGCAAGUCAAGAGAAAUGUCCCCAAACCAGCAGCCCCGAAGCCAGUCACCUCACUCGGCGACUACAGCGCCGUGACCUGCACAAGCGGCGGGUACGGAAGCGGUCUAGUCAACAGUCCCGGAGUAGGCAUGGGAGGUUGCAAUGUCAGUAGCGGAGGUCUCAUGGGAACUGGGACCCUCGGAGGAGUCCUAGGGGGCCCUAACAGCCUCAACAACACUGGAAGAACAAACUUCACGAACAAGCAACUGACAGAACUGGAGAAAGAAUUCCAUUUCAACAAGUACCUGACACGCGCGAGAAGAAUCGAGAUAGCUUCUGCUUUGCAGCUAAACGAAACGCAAGUAAAAAUCUGGUUUCAGAAUCGUCGCAUGAAACAGAAGAAACGAAUGAAAGAAGGUUUGAUACCUACAGAACCUAUUACAAAUGGUGGAGCUGGUGGUGUUGUUGUUAGUACAAAUAUUUCAAAUCUUGGAGGUGUCAGUAGUGGAAGUAAUUCACCAACAAGUGCUCACAGCAACAGUGACGUUACAGUUGCACCUCUAAGUAACGAAAACAGCCAAGAGAUGUCACCAACAGCAACAGACCACUGACUAAAGUCGAUGAAGUGUUAUUUAAUAUCGAUAUUCGGGUUUUAACUGCAAAGUACUCAGUAAAACUUUCAUGAUUCAGCUCAAUAUAACACGCAGCCUUGUUUGUACUGUACGUGUUACAAAGACGUGAAGUUGCGAGUUUACGAUUGCAGAAGAAAAUAACUAGUGACCACUGUUAAAUGGAAACACUUACUAUGUAAUUUGAUUCGAUGUCAGUUUUCAUAUUUUCACCUCCCACAACAUGAACACAAAUCAAACAGAAACUCUUUACAUGCGCGUGGUAGAAUAAAUGUUAUUUGAGCACAUAUGGAAGACUGAUGUUCGAGAAGGGUACCUGUUACGUUACUAGUCUAUUCAUCACAGCAAAUGGGAAACUUUACAAGCAUAUCUUGA